CCUUACACUCACUCAGUUCCAUUUUGAUAAAGACAAACUCCAUUCUGUCACCUUCCAGUACCAAUAAAUCUCUAUCUCUCUAUCUCUCUCUCUCUCUCUCUGCAGCACAACCCACCAUACAAACCAAACAAAUAUUCAUCAAUCAUAGCCCCCCAUUCUUGCUCUGCUUAUGCUAAUGGCCACCACCACAACCACAGCUCAGUAAAAAUUAUAAUGAAAAACAAUGGAGUCAGACAGACCCCAUCGCACCAAAAGCAACAGCAGCAUUAGUGGCACUACAUCCACAACUACAAGCGAGCUCUUCAUUUGCUUCACUACUUCUCGCCUCUCUUCUUCAUCCAUGAAGCUCUCCUCCAAGUCCAUUCUCAGCCCAGGCCGAGCCAGAGAGCCUUCCCAAAUCUCCCUCUCCUCUUCUCUCAGCCGCAGGCUUAGAACCAGUGGAAGCAUCAAGGGUGGCCAAGCCUCCCCAAUGUUCCCCAGCAAUGGUGGCACUAGUAAAAAACGUGGGUGCGCUUUUGAAAACCCAGAACCGUCUUCCCCUAAGGUCACAUGUAUUGGUCAGGUCAGGGUCAAGACCAAGAAACAGGGCAAGAAAAUGAGGAUAAUUAGUAGAUCCAAGCGCAGCAGGGGAAGUGAGGCUAGUUUCAGAAAACCAGAGCAAAAUCAGCAGAGCACCAACAACACAGCUAGUCAAAGUCAAGAGCUUUACAAUCGAGACAACAGCAGCAACAACUUCCAAGGUUUGCACUUUCAAAAUCACCAGAUGAAUAAUAAUAAUCAACAGGAAUGCUUAAGGCACAGAAACCAGAGGUGGGUUCAUCUUCCUUUGACGAUUUGUGAAGCUUUGAGGGCUUUUGGGUCCGAGUUUAACUGCUUGAUUCCGAACCGGUCUUCUUGUUUGGCUAGUGAUGACAAUAAUAACAAGGAGAAAGAAGAAAAUAAGGGAGUGAGAUCAGAGAGUGGAGGGUCAUCUUGUGGCGCAGUCUUUGCGAGGUGGUUUGUUGCUUUGCAAGAUGGGGAUGGGAAAGGGAGAGAGAUUGAGUUGGUGGUGGGUGAAGAUCAAGAAAGAACAGAGAGAAGUACUAAUAGUAGCAGUGGCCAUAGCCAGAGGAGGCAAGUGUUUGAAGGUAUUGAGUUCAAGGAAGAGAGAUUGAAUGAGAGUGUAAUGGAGGAAGAAGAAGCGGGGAGAGUGAGCAUUUGCGUUCCUCCAAAGAAUGCUCUUUUGCUUAUGAGGUGUAGAUCUGAUCCAGUGAAAAUGGCUGCUCUUGCUAAUCGAUUUUGGGAGAUGCCUGCUGCUCCUCAAGAUGAAGAGGGUGAAGAUGAAGAGGAGAAAGAGGACAAGGGUCUUACAGAAAGAGCACAAGACUUUGUAGAAGAACAAGGUACUGAAGAAGUACUUGAGCAGGUGCAAAAUGGGUUGGAGACACAGGUUGCUGAAGGGGAUGGUGUGUGUGAGAAAUGGGUUUGUGAUGGUGAAGAACAUGGAGACUUGGAAGAGGUAGAAAAUUUGGUUUUAGAAGAAGAGGGGGAUGAGAAAGAAGGUUUGGAUGAGAACCCAGAAAAAAGGCAGCAACUUUAUGAUGAAGUACAAGAGAUUGAAGAAAAGGCUGAAUGCCAACAAGAAACAGAGAUAGAGGAAGAAGGGGAGCAAGAAUUGGAUGUUACCCAGCAAGCAUUGUCAGAAGAGUGUUGUGUACUUGAUGCUGUUGCAGAUCCAGAAAGGUUAGAACUUGAAGAAAAUGACCAUGAAUGUGAAGCUACAGAACAGGAGCAAGAGCAACAAGAAGAAGAAAAAGAAGAGGAAGUGAGAGAAGUAAAGCUUCCAAUACCUUCCAAUGAGUGUGUAAAGUCAGAAGAACUAGAAGAAGAGGAAGAAGAAGAAAAAACAGAGGCUGAAGUUGCAGACGAAUCAACAGAGACAGUAACCCCAGAUAGACCUGAACCCGUACCCGAAAACCCGAAAACCCAAUUAGAUUCCGGGUCGAAUAGGGCGGUUCAGAAUCCGGUCUUACCGGAC